AUGAAGUCCUCAAGGUCCAUACGGCUCAUAUCGAGGAGGGCCGCCUCAUAUGUAAGCCGGCCAACCUCCAGGCUCACCACCACUACAGAGCGGCGACAGUAUUCAACGCACCCACCCAAUGCCCGUUUGAAUCUUCCAAUUGACUACUCAGCGACACCUCUGCUGUCUCACAGCUCCCAGACUGCGCUGGCCACACCAGAUCUGCCCAGCGAAGGCAAGAACAGCACAACGAAGCGCAUGAAUCUGUUUCAGGCUAUCAACGAUGCUUUGUCGACGGCCUUGACCGAGGACGAGAACGUCAUCAUUUUUGGCGAAGAUGUAGCCUUUGGCGGUGUCUUUCGGUGUACCAUGAAGUUGGCUGAGCUCCACGGCGGCGAGCGUGUAUUCAACACUCCCCUCACGGAGCAAGGGAUCAUGGGUUUUGCCAUUGGUGCAGCUGCCGAGGGCCUCCGGCCAGUGGCUGAAAUCCAAUUUGCCGACUAUGUAUAUCCUGCAUUUGAUCAGCUCGUCAACGAAGCGGCCAAAUAUCGAUACCGCGAUGGUUCGUGCGGGAGGAGUGUCGGUGGCCUCACGGUCAGAAUGCCGUGUGGUGGUGUGGGGCAUGGUGCUCUGUACCACAGCCAGAGCCCGGAAUCUCUCUUCACACACAUUCCUGGCCUCCGAGUUGUCAUGCCCAGAAGUCCUUUGCAGGCCAAGGGCCUAUUGCUGGCUGCCAUCAGGAGCAACGACCCAGUCAUAUUCAUGGAGCCCAAGAUUCUGUAUCGUGCCGCGGUAGAGCAGGUUCCCACGGCGGCUUAUACCUUGCCUCUGGGAAAGGCAGACGUCAUUAAAGAAGGCAAGGAUGUCACGAUUGUAUCCUAUGGACAGCCACUAUAUACAUGCAACGCCGCUCUGGAGAAAGCCGAAGCAGACCUGGGCAUUUCCGUCGAGCUGAUUGAUUUGCGAACAAUAUAUCCGUGGGACAAGGAGACGAUUUUCAAAAGCGUUCAAAAGACUGGAAGAGUGUUGGUGGUACAUGAGGCCAUGGUCAACGCCGGUGUUGGGGCAGAAGUUGCGGCUGCAAUACAGGAAGACCCGGAGACUUUUGUCAGGCUGGAGGCUCCAGUGCAAAGGGUUGCGGGUUGGAGCAUACACACGCCACUCAUGUAUGAGAAAUUCAAUGUCCCAGACGUUGCGAGAAUUUAUGACAGUAUAAAGAACACCCUCGAGUAUUAG